UAUUGAGGCAUCAACUACAAUUUUCCAAAGGUGUGGGGUACUGGGGCUGUGGAUAUUUGCAUAGUGAUCCCAAGUAGAGAGAGAGAUUGAGGUGGUGUGUUUUACAGCAAGAGCAUUAUAACAAGUUGAUAACCAACACAAACACACGAGAGAGAUAGAGAUAGAGAUAGAUAUAGAUAUAUAUAUAGAGAGAGAGAGAGAGAUGGAGAAGGAAAUGAAGCUAUCAAAAUUUAAGAGGAUAUGUGUGUUCUGUGGUAGUAGUCCAGGAAAGAAGAGCAGCUACAAGGAUGCUGCUAUUGAACUCGGGAGGGAAUUGGUGACACCAUUAAAUUGUUUUAUGAAGGUUUCAAGGAAUAUUGACCUAGUUUAUGGAGGAGGGAGUAUUGGGUUGAUGGGUUUGAUCUCCCAAGCUGUUUAUGAUGGUGGUCGCCAUGUCAUUGGAGUUAUUCCCAAGACGCUCAUGCCUAGAGAGAUAACUGGCGAAACAGUGGGGGAAGUGAAGGCAGUUGCAGACAUGCACCAAAGGAAGGCAGAGAUGGCAAGACAUUCAGAUGCCUUUAUCGCCUUACCUGGUGGUUAUGGGACUCUUGAAGAGCUACUUGAAGUAAUAGCCUGGGCUCAGCUUGGCAUCCACGAUAAACCGGUGGGAUUGUUGAAUGUGGAUGGGUACUACAACUCCUUGUUGUCAUUUAUUGACAAAGCAGUAGAGGAAGGCUUCAUUAGUCCGAGUGCACGCCAUAUCAUCGUAUCAGCCCCAACUGCGCGGGAGUUGGUGAAGAAAUUGGAGGAGUAUUUUCCUUGCCAUGAAGGGGUUGGUUUAAAGUUGAACUGGGAGAUGGAACAAUUAGCUUACUCCCCGGAAAGUGACAUCUCGAGGUAAGAUUAAUAUUCAGAGUGUUUGAAGAAAAGGGGAGAUGACGACGAUGGCCCUUUUGACAAUGGAGGAACUAAUUUUAGCAGACGGGAGAUUUCCUCAACUAAGGAACUGCAUUUUGUUGUUUCAUUGCUAAACUACAACAAUUGGCGUCGAUAUUUGAAGCUUCACUAUUUUCUUCUUCGUUUGAAAACAGUUUCUUGUAAUGCUCCAUUCAUUUCCCUAGAAGUAGUAGAAUGAAAGGAAGACAGUUUUAAUAUCUUUACUUGGAAUGGUUUUUGUCAAGACUCCAAGUUUUUUGUUUAAUUAUAUAUUAUCUUCUUUUGUCACAGAA